UCUCUCUCUCUCUCUCUCUCUCAUGGCGGAUGACACCGAGGAGGUUUCAGAAGUCGGUCCUCCUCAACAGCUCCCCCCUCCGUUCCUGGAGGUGGUCUGCAGGAGCUCCGGCAAGCGGAGGAGGUUCGCGGCAGGCGCGGAGGCCGGAUUCGCCGUGCGGGUGAUGAACAAGAAGCUGGAGGGUGGGUCCCCAUUUGCUCUGUACAUUGAGGCAGUCAAAGAAGGAGAGGAAGCUGUGGCUUUCGGCCCUAAUUCGGCCCUCGUGGACUACGGCUCUGGAUGGAGGUUGCAGACUGUCAUUGAAGUGGAUUAUACUGGCGGGGAUAAAGGUGAAGGGUUUCAGCAAAGGAUGGCGCGAUCGCCUUUACGGAACACCGACGGUUCGAGGGUCGCGAAGGAUGUAGGAAAACCCACUAUCAGUUUGGUGUACGUCGGGAAAAUAUUAGUUGCGUUCAUUUUGAUAUUCGUUCUUGGUGCGAUCUUCACUCUGGCUCUUGAGUAUCUUCCCAUGUUAAUUUUGUCCAUCAAGUCAUUCAUGUAAAGAUCAAUGAUCCGAGUUGAAUGGAAUUGGUGUUCGCUUCUUCAGCUUA